CGUAAGUGACGCGCAGCCCAACCAAUCAGCGAGCUGAUUAUAACUUCUUUCCGCCAAUCAGGAGCGAGCCGUGCCCGCGGCAGGAGGGGAAACACGUUGUUGAACACUUUUAUUGAUUCGAGCCCCAGUUUCAGUGCGUUUCGCGGCAGAAUUGAACUGUAACAAAAAGUGCAACAUUUUCACACUUUUUUCGCAUUUAUUGAAUUAAAAUCACGUCUUCUGUUUCCAAGAAGAAGAUUACAGGUUUGCCGCCAUGUGGAUCCAGGUGCGCACUAUGGAUGGCAAGGAGACCCAUCGGGUCGACUCCCUGUCCAAGCUCACCAAGGUGGACGAGCUCCGCGUGAAGAUCACCGAACUCUUCAACGUCGAAGCCGAGAGGCAACGACUCUUCUACAGGGGCAAACAGAUGGAGGACGGUCACACACUCUUUGACUAUAACGUGGGUUUGAACGACAUCGUUCAGCUUCUCGUACGGCAGGCGCUCCCGAAGGCGGCUCUACCGAAGGACAAAGAGGCCGAGCUGUCCGACUCGGACUCCGGCUGCGGAUCGGCCCAGAGCGAGUCGGAUAAGGGAUCCACGCACGGCGAGAGCGACGGCCAGAGCGCCGCAACCUCAGGGCAGACCGACGCACCGGACCUCAUCGACCCGGGCUUUGGGUUUUACAAGAUAAACGAGUUCGUAGAUGCUCGAGACUUGAACAUGGGCGCCUGGUUCGAGGCUCAGAUCGUCAACGUGACGAAAACGGAAAAGACUUCAGGGGAAGAUGGAGGAACUGAUGGGGAUGAGAUCAUUUACCACGUCAAAUAUGAGGAUUACCCCGAGAACGGCGUGGUGCAGCUGCGCGGGAAAGACGUCCGUCCGCGAGCGCGCACCGUCUACCAGUGGCACCAGCUGGAGGAGGGCAUGAUUGUGAUGGUCAACUACAACCCGGACGAGCCCAAAGAGCGCGGCUACUGGUACGACGCCCAGAUCCAGAGGAAGAGGGAGACGCGCACCCAGCGCGAGGUUUACGGCAAGAUCCUGCUCGGGGACGCUGGUGAUUCUCUGAACGACUGUCGCAUCAUGUUUGUGACUGAGAUCUACAAGAUUGAAGAGCCAGGAAGUUCAGAUGGUCAAGGAGCCUCUUCUGACAGCCCUCUCAAGAGGUCAAACGGACCCGAGUGCAAGGUCUGCAAAGACGACCCGAAGAAGAACUGCCGCGUGUGCAACUGUCACGUGUGUGGCGUGAAGCAGGACCCAGAUAAACAGCUGCUGUGCGACGAAUGCGACAUGGCGUUUCACACCUACUGUCUGAACCCGCCGCUCACCACCAUUCCCGAAGACGAGGACUGGUAUUGUCCAGAAUGCCGUAACGAUGCCAGCGAGGUGGUUCUGGCUGGAGAGAAGCUGAAGGAAAGCAAGAAAAAGGCCAAGAUGGCGUCUGCAAGCUCUUCCAGUCAGAGGGACUGGGGGAAGGGUAUGGCGUGUGUCGGCCGCACCAAACAGUGCACCAUCGUUCCCUCCAACCAUUACGGGCCCGUUCCUGGAGUUCCAGUGGGAACGCUGUGGAAGUUCAGAGUGCAGGUGAGCGAAUCGGGCGUCCACAGGCCUCACGUCGCAGGGAUUCACGGCAGAAGUAACGACGGCGCUUAUUCUCUGGUGCUCGCCGGAGGCUAUGAAGAUGAUGUGGACGAUGGUAAUGAGUUCACCUACACGGGCUCCGGGGGUCGCGACCUGUCUGGGAACAAGAGAACGGCCGAGCAGUCCUGCGAUCAGAAGCUCACCAACAUGAACAGGGCACUUGCUCUAAACUGUAACGCGGCGGUGAAUGAGAAGGAAGGCGCGGAGGCCAAAGACUGGAAGGCUGGGAAACCUGUGAGAGUCGUGCGCAGCUCCAAAGGACGCAAACACAGCAAAUACUGUCCUGAAGACGGCAACCGAUACGACGGCAUUUACAAGGUGGUGAAGUACUGGCCGGAGAAGGGCAAGUCUGGUUUCCUUGUUUGGAGAUACUUGCUUAAACGAAAUGAUGACGAACCGGCGCCGUGGACCCGUGACGGAAAAGAGCGCGUUAAGAAACUGGGGCUCACCAUGCAGUAUCCUGAGGGUUAUCUGGAAGCCGUGGCUGCGAAAGAAAAGGAGAAAGAGAACAAAAACGAAGAAGACGUUGAAGAAACGCCCACAAAGGGCAAGAGGAAGAGGAAAUCCCAGACCGUGGACGAGAAGAGUUCUCCGGCCAAAGGCACACCCAAGAAGAUGAAAGUGGAGGCGUACAAACUGAGCAAAGAGCAGAAGAACUUGAUCAAAGACGAUGAGCUGAACAAGAAGCUGUGGGACGAAGCCAUGGAGUCUCUCAGCCUCGGACCUCGCUUCCUGAACAAAGUGGAGGAAGUUUUCCUGUGCAUCUGCUGCCAAGAAGUCGUCUAUCAGCCCAUCACCACAGAUUGCCAACACAACGUCUGCAGGGAGUGCCUUCAGCGAUCUUUCAAAGCCGAGGUCUACACCUGUCCGGCUUGCCGACACGAUCUGGGCAAAAACUACCAAAUGACGGUGAACAAACCUCUCCAAGCCAUCCUCACCCAGCUCUUCCCAGGAUACAGCAGCGGCCGGUGUUGACGCGGCGCGACAAUUCCACUAACGAAAUGGAUUUCGUUUUUUAUUAUAUUUAACAAAUGCAUCAGGUUGUAGGAUUGAUCGAAACACCUCCGCCUACUUGAUUUGGCCCUGUUUUGUGACCUGCCUCUAUCUAGCCACUCAACUUCUGUCCGUUGUAGUAAUUUCUUCUGAAUCGCAAGCUUCAUAUUUACAAAUGGUGAUUCUAGCGAUCUAGUUGUGUUUUAGCUAUAGGCACUUCUUGCCCCCUACACCAGCACAAUGAACCAUAGCUAUGCACAAUUACAAUCUUCGUUAAUAAUUUCUUUGCUGUAAUUUGUCAUUGCAGUGAUUUGUACGAAAGCACUGGCUGUAGAAUCCCGUUAAAAUGAGCCCGUCAAGAUCAGUGCGUUUGACGUUUUUACUGUACCAUCGUUAGUGCCGAAUACAUUUAAAUGAACUAGCUAUGCAUUAUUACGACGUUUGCAAUGCUAAUCUGCUAACAACUUUUUGUCAGUGGUAUUUCGUCAUUUGUAAUGUUAACAAGCCUUCGUACGAAUGCUAUGAAGAUUGAUAAUUUGAAGUUGCCGUAGCUUUACUUGCGCACAAAUACGAUGUUCGUUAAUCAAUUUUUUACAAGUAGUAACGAAGAUUUGUACGAAAAGCACUGGCUGUAGAAUCCCGCUAAAAUGAUCCCGUCAAGAUCAGUGCGUUUGACGUUUUUACUGUACCAUCGUUAGCGCUAAAUAAAUUCAAAUGAACUACCUGUUCAUUAUUGCGACGUUUGCGAUGCUAAUCUCCUAACAACUAUUUCGUCAUUUGUGACGUUAACAAGCCUUCGUAUGAAUGCUAUUAAGUUGCCAUAGCUAUACUAGCCCCCAAAAACAAAUACUAUGUUCGUUAAUCAUUUUUCGCAAGUAGUAACGAUGAUUUGUUCGAAAACAUCCUGUUUUAAUAACUCUUUGUGCAAAUGCUAUUAAGAUCCGCAAGUUUUUUUUUUUUUUUGCUUGCAGUGUUUCGUCAUUUGUGACUUUAACAAGCCUUCGUAUGAAUGCUAUUUAGACGUUGCCGAAGCUUUACCAGCACACAAAAAGAAAUGUUCGUUAAUCAUUUUCGCAAGCAGUAGCGAUUAUUUGUACGAAAACGCUGGCUCUAGUAUCCUGUUAAAACGACACCAUCAAGAUCAGUGCGUUUGACGUUUUUACUGUACCAUCGUUAGCGCUAAAUACAUUUAAGUGAACUAGCUAUGCAUUUUUGCAACGUUUGCGAUGCUAAUCUCCAAACAACUUUUUUUUUUUUUUUUGCCUGCAGUAUUUCGUCAUUUGUGACGUUAACAAGCCUUCGUACGAAUGCUAUUAAGAUCGAUGAUUCGAAGUUGCCAUAGCUUUACUAGCGAACAAAAACGAAUACGAUGUUCGUUAAUCAUUUUUCGCAAGUAGUAACGAUUCGUUCGAAAAACGCUGGCUCUAAAACCAUCCUGUGUUAUCAACCCUUUGUACGAAUGCUAUUAAGAUCCAUAAGGUUAAGUUGCUGUAGGUUUAUUAGCGCACAAACUUUUUUUCGUUUCGGCUUUAUUACGUAUUUUUUAUUCUCAUUGUACUGCCAUUUAUUGGUAACUAACUAAAUUUAAUCUAAAAAUUUGAUUCCUUUUAACCUAAUAGUAAUUUACAUAAAAUCUCUACGUUUGUUGAACUUUUUCUCAUCCAUUUUGAUAAGCGACUAAAUUUUAUAAGCUCUGAAAUUAAUAGAUAUCCCUCUUUUUUUUCUUUUCAUUUAUUUGCUUCGCUGUUUAACUGCUGUAUGUGCUUUAGGAACGGAGUGUCAUUUUUCCACUAACUUCUGCCGUUAUGCAAACAGUGGUCAUGCGCGUAAAACCGAUCCGGUUUUAAGCGCUCCUGGUCUUCCUUGACUUUUCGAAGGUUUUCGAGGUUAAUCCUUGAACUGUUUUCCGCACAAACCCUGACAGUUUCUCAUUCAGGAAGUAUUUAAGUGUAUCGUCUUUUUCGCCAUUGACGUUCUUUGCUUGUUUUGAGUUAUUAUAGUAUUUGCUAAAUAAAUGCCUGAGGCUGCAGAUAAUUUUGUUUUUGUUUUCCUUAGUUAUACCUCAACUAUUUCUAAUAUUUGCAUAGACUGGAGCUGUAUAUUCUGAAAUUUGAAAUUGUAUAUUUUUAGCACUUGUAUUUAGCCAUUUUAUGUAGUGGUUGGUGCAUAGCUAUUUUUGUGCACUGGGAUGAGUGCUAUAUUUUUCAAUAAACUGUAUUGAACUUUUAUAUAAA